AAACGCAGAUUAUUCCCUGGGCAUGGGUGUCAGUGUAAUGCAUUUUGACUUGAGUUAUUGGUUUUAUCCAGCGCUCUGUCUUGUCGUCUGCACCAUAGCGAACUCAUAAACGCUGUACUGUUGACUACUACGGUGUAUUUAUUCCACAUCUGACAAAGAUCUAACCCUUCGAAGAGAUUCAAAUUUAAAAAUAAAAAAAAUUGCAACGGAAGCCUACAGCAACUAGCGUUUUGGAACUCUGUGGAGACGCCAUUGGCAAUGACAUCGCUCCCGUGCGCUCUGUGGAUAAUAUGGAUAUGUCUGAUCUGUCAUUCGACGGGAACGGGAUUUAUUUACCAGUUUCCCGGAGUGACUGGCCAAAGCGUCAACUCGGAGCAGAGCGCGACCACAGGUUCACCAGGCAGCGGAUCAAACAUUCACCUCAGGAACUGGUGCCAGUACACUGUGUUAAGGACAGUGAAGUGCCAGGUGCACAAUGGGACAGAGACCAUGGUACAGAGAGUGUUUCAAGGCUGCCGCUGGCCAGGACCCUGCUCUAAACUCAUCAGCUACAGGACCGUGGUCAGGCCGUCGUACAAGGUGGCCUAUCGGCAGAUCACAGCUCGGGAGUGGAGGUGCUGUCCUGGGUUUGUAGGAGAUGAAUGUCGAGAAGAGUGUAUGAACUGCACUGGCUUCACUGACAUAAACAACCGACUGAACUUCAUCGAAUCCAAGAUUAAGCUGCUAGAGGGAGCAGGUUCACCAUCACCAUCCUUCAACAACUCAACAGAGGGCUCCAGUGACAAUGUCAUGUACCCCCCCACCCCCAUCGGCCCUCCAUCUUACCUGCACCCAGGAGGAAGAGGACCACCAGGGCCAAUCGGAUCACCAGGAAUUCCAGGCCCAGCUGGCGAGGCAGGGGUUCCAGGACAGACCGGCCCCACAGGGCCAAUGGGAGAGAGAGGAAGACCAGGAGAGAUCGGACAUCCAGGCCCUCCAGGGCCAACCUCCUCCUCUACCUGGCCGAGAGGUGACAUGUUUGGGUUCGACGAGCAGGAGGAGACCCGUCUUACUCCAACUCUUCCUGAGUUGGUAGCUGGCCCUCCUGGUCCAUCUGGCCCCCUAGGACCUCCAGGUCCCCCUGGACCAAUCGGACCAGCAGGAGUUCCAGGUCUCCCAGGGCGAGAUGCAGAAGGAGGUCUCCAAGGCAAGGCUGGGAAUCCCGGUCCUAAAGGAGACGCAGGGGAGAGGGGCCCUUCAGGAUUACCAGGGGAGCACGGCCAGCCUGGGCAGUCUGGGCAGAAGGGGGAGCCAGGAGAGGGUUUGCCUGAGGGGGAAGCUGAAGGAUUGCAGCAGCUGAGGGAAGCUCUCAAGAUCCUGGCAGAGAGAGUUCUGAUUCUGGAACACAUGAUUGGCAUCCACGAGAGUCCAGUGGAGUCCGGCUCUGGACUGGAAGGCCUACCAGACUCCUUUUCCUUCCCCACCAUCAAGACCAGACUGGCCGAGUCCGCCAUCAAGACCAGGCGACUCCAGCCCCUCCAACUCUCCUCCCGUCCAUCCUCAAGGAAGCCAGACGGAGACCAUGUAUUUUUUAAGACACCAAUGAGUGUUUAGUGUGUGUGUGUGUGUGUGUGUGUGUGUGUGUGUGUGUGUGUGUGUGUGUGUGUGUGUGUGUGUGUGUGUGUGUGUGUGUGUGUGUGUGUGUGUGUGUGUGUGUGUGUGUGUGUGUGUGUGUGUGUGUGUGUGUGUGUGUGUGUGUGAUAGAAAAGGUGUAGUAUCAAAAAGCCUGCAGAAAGUAUUAAUUUACAUAAUGCAUGAAUGGAUAUGUUUUCAGAAAUAUACUCGUAUAUAUUCUCUCUUCUGUGUAGUAUUUGUACACUAUUUAAAUAACAUGUUCUGUUCUGAGAGCUGAAACCAGAACAUGUUCUGUUCUGAGAGCUGAAACCAGACCAUGUUCUGUUCUGAGGGCUGAAACCAGACCAUGUUCUGUUCUGAGGGCUGAAACCAGACCAUGUUCUGUUCUGAGGGCUGAAACCAGACCAUGUUCUGUUCUGAGGGCUGAAACCAGACCAUGUUCUGUUCUGAGAGCUGAAACCAGACCAUGUUCUGUUCUGAGGGCUGAAACCAGACCAUGUUCUGUUCUGAGAGCUGAAACCAGACCAUGUUCUGUUCUGAGGGCUGAAACCAGACCAUGUUCUGUUCUGAGAGCUGAAACCAGACCAUGUUCUGUUCUGAGAGCUGAAACCAGAACAUGUUCUGUUCUGAGGGCUGAAACCAGACCAUGUUCUGUUCUGAGGGCUGAAACCAGAACAUAUUCUGUUCUGAGAGCUGAAACCAGACCAUGUUCUGUUCUGAGGGCUGAAACCAGACCAUGUUCUGUUCUGAGGGCUGAAACCAGACCAUGUUCUGUUCUGAGAGCUGAAACCAGACCAUGUUUUGUUCUGAGGGCUGAAACCAGACCAUGUUCUGUUCUGAGAGCUGAAACCAGACCAUGUUCUGUUCUGAGGGCUGAAACCAGAACAUAUUCUGUUCUGAGAGCUGAAACCAGACCAUGUUCUGUUCUGAGGGCUGAAACCAGACCAUGUUCUGUUCUGAGAGCUGAAACCAGACCAUGUUCUGUUCUGAGGGCUGAAACCAGACCAUGUUCUGUUCUGAGAGCUGAAACCAGACCAUGUUCUGUUCUGAGAGCUGAAACCAGACCAAUGUUCUGUUCUGAGAGCUGAAACCAGACCAUAUUCUGUUCUGUUCUGCAGGAUUUUGGACAACCUUCCUGCUUACGUUAUUAAAAAUAAGUGGAAUGAAACUAAUAACUUCUGGUGCAUAAAACGAAAAUAAGUAAAAAAUGAAAAAAAAUGUUAUUUUGGCUCGGCUGACACCACCUGGCUCAAACUCUGAGGUGAUGAUAGAUGUCCUGCUGCUGUGGCUGGGUUCUGGUCUGCUCUGAUCUGUCCUGUUCUGUCUCUCUUGGCAUGUCAUGUUUCUGUUAUUGGCUAGAAAUACGUGUGUCUCUGUUAUUGGUCAUUCACCUUAUAUGGUCUCAUUUAAGAGUGUAUUUUCCAGUUCUUAUAUAGCACAGUGUAUGUUGACGUACUCCUUUUACUGCACACGGUUUCAGUGUAAUACCUAACAUGUAUGAUGUAUUGAAUACCAGGGAUUCCUCCGGUUGCAACCUUUAAGUGUGAUUUAGUAGAUGGAAAGAGGGAACGUGCCAUUGUAUUGUUACGUGUUCUCUUGCUGUUACUGUGUUAAUUCAUGUGUCUCUUUUGAAUUUGAUUGUGAGGGCUAUGUGAUGGCUAUGUGAAUGCUAUGUGAUGGCUGUGUGAGGGCUAUGUGAUGGCUAUGUGAGGGCUAUGUGAGGACUAUGUGAGGGCUGUGUGAGGGCUGUGUGAGGGCUAUGUGAGGUCUGUGUGAGGGCUAUGUGAGGACUAUGUGAGGGGUAUGUGAGGGCUAUGUGAGGGCUAUGUGAGGGCUAUGUGAUGGCUAUGUGAGGGCUCUGUGAGGGCUAUGUGAGGACUAUGUGAGGGCUCUGUAAUGGCUAUGUGAGGGCUAUGUGAGGGCUCUGCGAGGGCUAUGUGAUGGCUAUGUGAAUGCUAUGUGAUGGCUGUGUGAGGGCUAUGUGAGGGCUAUGUGAGGACUAUGUGAGGGCUGUGUGAGGGCUAUGUGAGGGCUGUGUGAGGGCUGUGUGAGGGCUAUGUGAGGACUAUGUGAGGGCUAUGUGAGGGUUAUGUGAGGGCUAUGUGAUGGCUAUGUGGGGGCUAUGUGAGGGCUAUGUGAUGGCUCUGUGAGGGCUAUAUGAUGACUAUGUGAGGGCUAUGUGAUGACUAUGUGGGGGCUAUGUGAGGGCUAUGUGAUGGCUAUGUGAGGGCUAUGUGAUGACUAUGUGAGGGCUAUGUGAGGGCUCUGUGAGGGCUAUGUGAUGGCUAUGUGAAUGCUAUGUGAUGGCUGUGUGAGGGCUAUGUGAUGGCUAUGUGAGGGCUAUGUGAGGACUAUGUGAGGGCUGUGUGAGGGCUGUGUGAGGGCUAUGUGAGGGCUGUGUGAGGGCUGUGUGAGGGCUAUGUGAGGACUAUGUGAGGGCUAUGUGAUGGGUAUGUGAGGGCUAUGUGAGGGCUAUGUGAGGGCUAUGUGAGGGCUAUGUGAUGGCUAUGUGAGGGCUCUGUGAGGGCUAUGUGAGGACUAUGUGAGGGCUCUGUGAUGGCUAUGUGAGGGCUAUGUGAGGGCUCUGUGAGGGCUAUGUGAUGGCUAUGUGAAUGCUAUGUGAUGGCUGUGUGAGGGCUAUGUGAUGGCUAUGUGAGGACUAUGUGAGGGCUGUGUGAGGGCUAUGUGAGGGCUGUGUGAGGGCUGUGUGAGGGCUAUGUGAGGACUGUGUGAGGGCUAUGUGAUGGGUAUGUGAGGGCUAUGUGAUGGCUAUGUGAGGGCUAUGUGAGGACUAUGUGAGGGCUGUGUGAGGGCUAUGUGAGGGCUGUGUGAGGGCUGUGUGAGGGCUAUGUGAGGACUAUGUGAGGGAUAUGUGAGGGUUAUGUGAGGGCUAUGUGAUGGCUAUGUGGGGGCUAUGUGAGGGCUAUGUGAUGGCUCUGUGAGGGCUAUGUGAGGGCUAUGUGAUGGCUAUGUGAGGGCUAUGUGAUGACUAUGUGAGGGCUAUGUGAGGACUAUGUGAGGGCUAUGUGAUGGGUAUGUGAGGGCUAUGUGAGGACUAUGUGAGGGCUAUGUGAGGACUAUGUGAGAGCUAUGUGAGGACUAUGUGAGGGCUAUGUGAGGGCUAUGUGAGGGCUAUGUGAGAGCUAUGUGAGGACUAUGUGAGGGCUAUGUGAUGGGUAUGUGAGGGCUAUGUGAGGGCUAUGUGAGGACUAUGUGAGAGCUAUGUGAGGACUAUGUGAGGGCUAUGUGAGGGCUAUGUGAGGACUAUGUGAGGGGUAUGUGAGGACUAUGUGAGGGCUAUGGUUGUGGUUGUACUGUCUGUAAGCCAUUGCACUCAGUGGAUGUGUACUGUAUCUAUCUCUCAAUUAAACCCGUUCACACAGUUCACA